AUGGCACCAGAACCAGAGACCAUGCCCAUCUCGGUGGAUUUCCUAGGCGGCCUAGACACCCUCUUCUCCAACAAAACAUCCCACACCAUCUCCCUCCCCCUCCUCAACCCCUCCGACUCCUCCCCCGCCAACGUCGGCUUCCUAAUCUCAUACCUCGUCAAGCACCACCUCAAGCACCCAAGGACAGAAUUUUUCGUGCAAGACGAUGGUCACUUAACACCCGGCAUACUGGUCCUCAUCAACGAGGCAGACUGGGAACUCGAAGGGGAGGAAGAAUGCGAGCUCAAGGCAGGGGAUAAAGUUGUUUUUGUCUCGACCAUGCACGGUGGUUAG